AUGGAAAAGUUCAAUUGGAAUGUCGAGGUCACUGAAGAUCGGGGCUUCAUGGCGACUUCAGAGUUCGUCACGGGGCCACAGCCCGGCGGCACGGACCCCAGGAUCUCAGAUGCUUCGUCUGCAUCGCCAACGCCUUUGCUGGUGCAUGCUGCGCGAUUGUUGGAGGGGCGGAUCUGCGUUUCUGGCCGGUGUGGACAAGGCCUGAGCCACGUUCCUACUGCCGCUUUGAUCGAUGUGCAGUGCGUGGCCAGCGGUUUGCCUACAGCCUUCUCAUGCGAAGCGAUCUGCGAAGAUUGGGCGGGCUUGUGGCGUAUGGACCAUUGUAUUUGA